AUGGACACGACCUUCAUCACAAUCCACGACCUCUCGCGCGACGCCUCGAUCCUCUAUGCCUCGGACAGCAUCCAGGUGGUGUUAGGCUACCAGCCGCAUGAGGUGUUGAAUCGAUCUUGUUGGGAUUACUUCCAUCCGCAGGAACUGUCUUUCGCGCGCAGUGUGCAUGGGCGUGGCGUGCGAUUGGAUAAGGCUGCCGUGUUGAACUAUUGUUCUAUUCGGCAUCGGGAUGGGUCUUGGGUUGGGUGUGAGUGUGUGUUUACCGUAGUGUAUGAUGUGUUGAUCGCGAGUACGACGGUUUAUGGAAGGGGGAAGGGGACUCAGAAGCGCGCUGUCGACGCACCUAUCGUCCGCCAACUCUUCGACUCCUCGCCCAAUGAUCCACGAUAUCACAUGUUGACCUUUAUAUCCGAUAAAUUCUCACGGCGUCUCAUAGAACCACUUCACGAGCCGCGCGCGGCUCUUUUUGUCAAUCGCUUCACCCGCACUGCAACGAUCAUGUACGCGACGAGCGGGGUGCAAGAAAUUCUAGGCCUCAGCCCACGACAACUAGUUUCGAAAAGUUUCUUCUACUGCAUUCAAGAAGAAUGCUUGCGAGAUGCGGUUCGGUGUCUUGAGGGUGCGAAAGCCAAUGACUCGAUUGCUUAUUUGCGCUUCUGGUUUCGCAAUCCAUUGCAAGAGGAUAACACAGAGGGAGAGACACCCGACUACGAUGGUUAUACAUCCGCUGGUGUAACUGCUGAUUCGUCUGGUCACGCUUACCAUGUUGCUCCACCUCCCGUUGAACUAGAAGCUGUCGUUUCUUGUACAUCGGAUGGGCUUGUUGUUAUUCUUCGUCGUGCCCGAGCCCCGAUUCCUGGCGGCCCUCUCCCACCGCAACCUGUCCCGGCUUAUUCCAAUGGACUCUUUGCGGCACCUUGGGCCUUGGAGCCUGUUCUUUCAUAUGGUCCCACAUCAUAUACUCAACCUGCGUCUUCGCACGGCGUGACAUACCCAGAAGACAAGAAGACUCUUUGCAGAGACGACUCCAUGUCUAGUGUGGCAUCAGGAUCAGCCUCGGCAUCUGGAUCUGGGUCUGGAUCUGGAUCAGCCUCGGCCACAAACUCAGGUUCAGGAUCUGGGUCUGGAUAUGGAUCAAGUGACAGACAAGCAGCAAAGUUCCCCCGCUGGUCCCCAUGCCAGUCAACUUAUGGAUACAAUUCGGGACGUGGCGGUGUUUGCUUGGGUAUCGUGGGUAUCAAUCGCUCUUUGGAACAGUAUAAAUAUGGGACUCCGUCGGGUGAUGCGCACCCCGAGGAUGCUGUUAUGGAUGGUGCUUGA